CUUUGGACUGUUCUACAGCGCGAGUCUCGCUGGCGGCGCGCCGAGUCAGUUAGUGUGGGCUACCACGUCGAGGCACUGCUUUCACUUGGCCAGCUUGCCCAAGCGAUAGGGCGGGAUGCUACCAGUGCUAUUCCAUCACCAGAUAUCUGUCUUGAGCGGAAGGAUGCAGUGACUUGGGCCAGUUCUAGCGCCACAGCCAGUGCCAUUGAUGCUGCAGCUACUCAGGCCCCUGACACGCCCUUGGGAAAGGCUUGCAAGAUUGAAAGUAUUCAGGAAUCAUCUUUAAAAGAUGAACAACAACAACAGCAGUCGAUGAUUAUACCAAAUAUCACUGCAUCAAUGGGCAAGUCAACUAAGAAGACACAGCGACAGAAACAGGUGGAUUUUCUUUUCUAUGAUUUGUACUUUUUAUGA